AUGCAUAAUUAUGAAAACAAUUAUAAAAAAAAAUUAUUUUGUGAAAACAUAAGUGGCAUAAACGAAAAAGAUCUUGACGUUAACCUAAAAAAAAAUCACAAUUUUGUUAAAUUAAAGAAUUCUUUUAAUAUUAAGGAGGAUAAGCAAGAAAAUAAAAUUAUUAAUAAAAGUAAUAAUAUAAUAAAUUAUAAUAACUAUUUAAAUAAAUAUAAAGAAAAUAACGAUAUAGAUAAUAAUAAAUUCUUAAUUAAUAAUAAUAGUUUAAUUAACACCUACGGAUCUUCAAAUAUAAAUUCAUCUGUAUCAAAAGAAGUAACAAAUUAUAAUGAUAGAUUAUAUGAGACAAAACAAAACUUUUAUUUUAAUAAAAAUAAUACACAUACAAAUAAUAAAGAAAUUAAUAAUGAAGAAAAACAUAAUAUAAAUUAUAAUAAGGAUAAAGCAAAAAAUGAUAAAUUUUAUAUAAAUUAUAAAAAUUUAAAUGAAACAGAUUUAGAAAUGGAAAACAAAAACAAAUUUAGAACAAAUCCAAAUACAAAUGUACUAAAUCUCAAUUAUUGUAAUGAAAAAAAUAUAUCAUUAAAAAACUUCUCUAGCUCAUAUGUUACUUGUAGCAAUAAUAAUGAUAAUAGUAAUAAUAAGAAAUUGGAUAUAAAUUAUAGAAAUGAUAUAAAUGAAAAAGAAAAUAUUAAUUUAUAUAAAUUAAACAAAGUAGAUAUUACUUAUUUUGAAAAAAAUAUUUCAGAAGUUAGUAAUAGAAAUGACGAACAAAUUAAUAUAAACAAUAAUAAUGAUAUUUUUAACAACCCAAAUAAGGAAGAAUCUAAUGAUCGUUAUUAUAGUGAUCGAUUAAAUACCACAAAAAAUAGCUUGUAUAAGCCAAAUGAUUUUACUAAAGAUAAAAUUUACAUAGAUAAUAUUAAGAAUAUUUCCAAUAAUAAUAAAAAAAAUAUAGAUAUUAAUAAUGACAAUACAUACAACCUAAUUUAUAAUAAUGAAAAUAAAGAAUUAAUUAAUUAUUAUAUUGAUAGCAGUAAAGUAGAUAAUGUAAAAGAUGAAAAUAUGAAUAUAGCUAUUGAUAAUAUAGCAAAUAUAGAAGAAAAAAAAAGCUCUUUAAUUAAUUCAUUUAAUAUAAAUGAAAUAGACAAAGAUAUUAAUAAUUUUAUUACUUUAAAAAGAAAUAACACUUAUAUACAUAAUAUAAAUAACAAUUAUACUGAAUAUGAUAUUAAUAAUAGUUACUAUGCAACUAAUAGAGAUAACAAAAAUGUUUUAAUUGAUAAUUUUAAUAGUAACAAUUACUAUAACACUAAUAAAAAUGAAUUUUCUUUAAUUAAAAAAAAUAAUAAAACGGAUAUUAAUAAAAAUAAUUAUAAUAUACAUGGCUACGAUAAUUGUGAAAACAAAAAUGAAUCAAACUACCAAAGUGAUUAUGCAUCAAAUAUUGCUUUAGAUAAAUUAAAAAAUGGAGAAAUUAAAAACAAAGUUUUAAAUGAUAAACAAAUAAGAGAUAAUCUUGAAGAAAAAAAUUAUCUUAAAAUAGAUAAAGAUGAUAUAAAUGAAGGAUAUAUACAAAAAAAUACAAUUAAUAGAAACGAUGAAAUUAAUCAUAACUGUGACAUUUUAGAAAAUGAUCUUAAUUAUUCAAAGGAAGAAAUAAAUAAUUUUAAUAUUAAUAGUAAUGAAAACAAAGUUAGCAUGAUGAAUAAAAAUAAUUUAUCAUUUUUUGAUAACAAAAAAGAAAGCUAUUUAAAUGAUGAUUUAAAAAUAAAUGAAAAUCUUAAGAAUAGUAAUCCUAAUAUUGAAUCAUUAUAUAAUAAAGAUAACAAAAAAUUUCAUGUACAUGAGUUUACCAUGAAUAAUAUAAGUAAUGAAAAUAAUACAUACUAUGGUAAUUUAAAAGAUUUAAAAAAUAUAGGUAAAUUUAGUAACUACCCUGAUAAAAAGAAUAGUGAUAAUCAUGAUGAUUUUAAUAGCAACUCUGAUAUAAUAAAUAAUUUUAUUAUUAAUUAUUUAAGUGAUAUAGAUAAAAUAUAUGAAAUAAAAGAAAAAAAUAAAAAAAAUGAUAAUAAUAUAAAUAAUUAUUAUAACAUAUUGGAAUUGUUAUAUAAUGCAUCUAAAAAAAAAAAAAAAUUAAAAGAUAAAAGAAUAAGAGCAUUAUUAUAUAUAUUUAAAUACAUUAAAAAAAAAGAAAAAGAGAAAAAAAGAAAUACAUAUUUAUUUGAUGUAGUAACAUUAAAAAGAUUGAAUAAACAAGUAGAUUUAUAUAUAGAAUUUGUAAAAAAAAGAGAAUAUAAAAAAGAUUUGUGUUUACAUUUGCAUAAAAAAAGUAAAAUGAAUAAUGAAAGAACUAACUGCAAAAAUUUUGCGUAUUCACAAACAAAAUUUAUUCAAAAUAUUUUAAAUAAAAAAUCAAAUUUAUUUGUUAAAUCGCAAAAUCAACCCCAAGUUCAUAAUGAUAAUUUUUAUUUUAAUCACACAUUAAAAAAGGUUGCUUAUAUUAAUAAUUUAUUAGUAUAUACUCAUUUUGUUGUUUUAAAAUAUAUUUCUAUAUUUUCAGUAAGUGAUUGGAAUAAGUUAUUAUUUCAAGAUAUUGAUAAAUAUAAUAGUAAAAAAAAUAAAAUAUUUUUAAAAAAUUAUAACAAUGAUGAAAACAAAAUUAGUAUUAACGAAAACGUUUUCACAACAAAUAAAAUAAAUGCUAAUCAGAACUUUCAAUUCACGAAAAAUUGUUUAAAUGAAAAAAGCAAAUACUCAAACAAAAAGAAUAAUGAAAUACUGAAAAAUGAAAAACAAGAUGAAGUAUUGAAAAUAUCAGAAGAAACAAAUGAAAAAAAAGAUUGUUUAUAUGACAAUAACACAUAUAAUAAUUUAAAAAUUAAGGAAAAUGAAUUCUACAUUAAUAGUUUAAAUAAUUGUUCUGAAAAAGAAAUGAAAAUUAUAACACCUUCUAAAUUUGAUGAUAAUGUGAUGAGUAAUGGCAAUGAUAAUAUAAAUAAUGAUAGUAGUAAUAAUAACAAUAAUAGCAAUUAUAACAAUGAUAAUAUAAAUAAUAAUAGUAACAACAAUGAUAGUAUAAAUAAUAAUAAUAAUUAUAACAAUGAUAAUAUAAAUAAUAAUAGUAACAACAGUGAUAGUAUAAAUAAUAAUAAUAAUUAUAACAAUGAUAAUAUAAAUAAUGAUACUAGUAAUAAUAAUAAUAAUAGCAAUUAUAACAAUGCUAAUAUAAAUAAUAAUAAUAAUAAUUAUAACAAUGAUAAUAUAAAUAAUAAUAAUAAUUAUAACAAUGAUAAUGUAAAUAAUAAUAGUAAUAAUAAUAAUAACAAUGAUAAUAUAAAUAAUAAUAGUAAUAACAAUGAUAGUAUAAAUAAUAAUCAUAAUAAUAACAAUGAUAGUAUAAAUAAUAAUCAUAAUAAUAACAAUGAUAGUAUAAAUAAUAAUAACAAUAAUAGUAUAAAUAAUAAUAGUAAUAAUAAUAAUAGCAAUUAUAACAAUGAUAAUAUAAAUAAUAAUAGUAAUAACAAUGAUAAUACAAAUGAUAAUAAUAAUAACAAUUUUAACUAUAUGAAUAAUAGUAAUAGUAACAUUAAAGAGAAUAAUUCAAACAAUAAUGUAAGUGGAUAUAAUAAUUUAAAUAUUCCAUUGAUAAAUAAUUGUACAUAUAAUUUGAAUAGUUUUAAUAAUAUAAAUAAUGAUGUAAAAAAUGUUACAUACAAUAAUUGUAAUUUAAAUAAUGAAAAUAAUAAUGGGGGUUUUAAUUUUAGUAACACAUAUGAUGAAUUAAAUAAUUACAAUAGUAAGUAUAUAGAAUUAAAUUACGAAAUAAUAGAAAAAUUAAAUCCUCUUAACAUUAACAGUGAAAAUAUUAUUGAUAUUAAUUAUUACGAAUAUGUGAUUGAACCCUUUGACUUUUUCUUUUAUGAUCAAAUUUAUAAUGAGAUAUAUAAUUAUAUACAGAUGUUAAAAAAUAAUAAUUCUUAUUCAUAUAACACUUACUUGAAUUAUCGUGACAAUUUAAUAAAAAACUUACCAUAUCAUUAUUAUGAAUUUAUUGAAAUAUUAAUGAAGGAAAUUUUGAAUGUUAGAGAUUUAAUUUAUCGUAAUAAAUAUGUAAGAUACCUUUUUUAUUAUAUCUAUAAAAAUGGUAAAAAUAACAUAGUAGAAAGUAUAAAUAAAAUUUUUUCUAUAGAAAAAAAAAAAGUUUUAUUAUAUAAAGCACAAAUGAAAUUAAGAUAUAAUGUCUUUAUAUCACGAUUUUUUGAAAAUAAUUAUAUGGUUAUUAAUGAUACUGAAAAUAACGAGAGAGAAGGAAUAAAUUUUAAUGAAGCAAAAAGUAAAUUAUUUAAUGCUUUUUAUAAUAAAUAUAGUGAUUACUAUAAUCAAUAUAUGCGCAAUAUAAAUCAAAUAAGAGAGAAAAAAAAAAGACUUUUUAAUAUUACUGAAGAAAAAUUUACUGAAGUCAAAAAAAAAAUUAUGAUGUAUUCUGAUUAUUUUAAUAAUAUGAGAAAGAAAUUAGAAAUAGAAAAUUAUAAAGAGAGUAAGAAAGAGGAAAUACAUAUGAACAAAGAAUUAGAAAAAAAAGAAAUUCAAAAAGAAAUAACAAAAGAAGAAAUGAAUAAAAGUGAAAUAUCUGGAGAAAAAAUAAUAAAAAAUAAGAUAGAAAAAAUUGUUGAUUGCCUUGAGAAUAUUCAAGAUAAUGAAUACGAAAAAGAAAAGUUGAAAUUUAGUGUACCUUAUAAUUACGUAAAAUUUUUAUAUGAUAAAAAUUAUACUCUUAUUAUAAAUAAUGGAAAAAAUAAUUCAAGAAAAUUUAAAGCAGCACAUGUAAUAAAUUCUAAUUUAAAAGAUAACGAAAAUUUAUUGAUUAUAACAUCAAUACUCAAUAUUGUAACAUGGAAGAAGUUAUUUUGUUCUUUUAAAAAUAUAGCAGUUUAUAAGAGUGAAGAAAGCAUAAUAGAGAAUAAAAUACCCAACACAUAUUCUAACCUUAUUAUAUGUGUCGAUUUUUUGCCAAAAAUUUUACAUGUUUCUUGUGAUAUAAUAUUGUUAGAUUUAUGUCAUUUUAAUUUAUUAAAUCAAAUAAAUAUAUUAAAUGAUUUAUCUCUUUUAAAUAUAAAAAAAAAAAUAUUAUUACUAAAUUGUAUACCAGACAAUUGGAACUUUUUAAGUUCGUUAUUUUUCUUAAAUAGUCAUAUUUUUGAUAAUUCAUUAAUCAAUAGUACUUUUCAGUUUAAUCAUAAUGAGGAGGAUAAAAAAAUUUUAAACAGUUUAAUGCUAGGAUUUAUUUCCCAUUUUUGUAUAGUAAAUAAAGAAAAUUCUUCAUUAGAAGAGAAAAAGAAGAAAAAUUGUUUUAUUAUAACAUAUAUGAGUGGUAUUCAAAAAUUUAUAUAUGACAACGUAGAUGAUAAAAAUAAAAUUCUUGCUUGUGUUCAUCCAUUAUUGAUGUUAAAUGAAAACGACUUUCUUUUAAAAGAUUUUAAUAUAUCAGAAAAGCUUGAAUUAUUAAAAAAUAUUAUAAAAAAAUUUUAUGUUUUAAAAAAAAAAAUACUAUUAUGCUAUUCAGGAGAGAAACUAGGAAAAUUAAUACAAAUGCUCUUAUAUCUUUAUUCGAUACACAAUUAUUCUGAUAUAUUUUUAUUCAACCUUGAAAUUAAUAAGGAUAUGAAUUUAGAUAAUUUUGAUACUGCCAUAAUAGUAAAUAAUCAUAUAGAAUUUUUGAAAUAUUUUGAACUCCAAAAAUUAUCCUGCUAUUUUUUAAUAUCAGCAUUUACUAAUGAAGAAGAUAUUUUAUUAGAAAAAAUCAGGGAUUAUAAAGAAUUGUACUUUUUUAAAAAAAAAAAGGAAGAAUUUAUAAAAGCAGAAAAAAAUAAUAGAGACUUACUUUAUAGAUAUUAUAUUAAUAACCUUAUUUCUGAGAAUGAUGAACAAUUUAUACUGUUUAAUAUAAUUGAUCAGAAAGAGAAAAUUUAUUCUCAUAUCCCUUAUAAUGAAAUAGUAUUACCCACUUGUUUUGCUUCAUUACUGUCUAAUUGUGAUAAUGUUUUGCAAUAUACUGAACAUUGGAAGGAUAUAAAGAAUGCUCACAGCUUUUGGAAUUUGAAAAGUUUGAAUAAAGAGAAAAUAAUAUUUUAUUUAGAUAAAAAAAAAAUGAUGUACGACAAAUACCAAAAUAUUAUAUUCCCAAUCUCAAAUGAAUGUUUAGCACCACCUCAAAUUCAUUAUUACUUGAGCAAUCCAACGAAUGAAAAAACUACAUUUAACUAUUGCAUAUCCAUAGCAUUGGAAGAAAUUCUUCAGGAAAUAAGCAGAAAAAAAGAAAAAGAUGAUUUUGAUGAAAUGAAAAAAAAUAUUUUAUUAAAUAUUAAAGAAAAAUCAAAUAAAAAUUAUUUUUCUUCUUUGCGUAAAAUGGAAAAAAUAUUAUCCAAGUUUUUGAAGGAAAAUAAAAAAGAAUCUUUUGAACAAUUUCUAAAGUGUUGUGAAAGUUAUGGCCAAAUUUUAAUGAAAUGCACAGAAAAAUUAUUUUUUACAUUUAACAAAUCAUACAAUAAACAUUUUAAAAAUUUCGAAGAUUUUUGGUGUGAUGAAGAAGAAAAAAGGAAAGAAAAAUGGAAAGAGGCUUGGGAUUUGAAUGAAAAAAAUGAAAGUGAUAAAGAGAAAAAUGAUAUAUAUAAUAUAAAUAAUGAAAAAAAUGAAACACGUAACAAUCAUAUUAAUGAAGAUGGGUUUGAUAAUUUAAAAAAUGAAUUUAAUUUGCAAGAAAAGAAAAAUUUUCGUAUUAGACUUUCUUCCCAAUUAUUGGAAAGUGGAUUAAAUGAAUUACUUAACAGUAAAAAAAAAGUAUGUACUUCUCAUAACGACAAAAAAGAAAAUAUAUGCUCAUAUGAGGAAAAAAAAGAUAAAAAAACUUGCUUAUAUAUAGAAAGAAAAGAAGAGCAAGAAAUAAAAAAUAAUUAA